GUUAACUUCUAGGGUUUGUAAAUUUACGAGAGAAGGAGUUUAUUAUAACCCUGCUUUCUUUAUAAGACACAAUUAUUAUUAUUUAGGGGCAGUUUAGGGGAAAUUAAUAUUUCUAGAUCACUCUACUUCCAAAACACGUCAUUCACACAGACGGACCUCUUCCAUUGCGGCUCAGCACGAGCGCUCCCAACAUCACCGAAAAAUCGCCAUCAAGCGUGUAUUUAUUUGUGAGCUGAGCAGAAAACGCCGACAGAAUCUGGCCCAAAGCAUGGAUGGGAGUCCCAACAUUAACAGUCUUCCCCCGAUGCCAUCGCUACCUCUCAUGAUGCCCCCUGCGCCUCCAUUUGGGCUGACGCCGCCACCGAUGCCCCCGGGCUUCAUGCCCCCACACCCUCCCCCGAUGGAGCCUGGGCGGCCACCCCACCACAUGCUGCUGCCCCCCGGGAUACCCAUGCCUCCCCACUACCCACCGGGGGCAUAUCCCAUGUACCCGGGCAUGGUGCCCCCUCCGCUACCACAGAUGCCGCCCAACGUUCCCGUGGCGUCCAUUCCGGCGCCAGAGAUGCCGGCGCCACCGGUGGCCUCCAUUCCCCCUCCCGUCGUCUCGGCCGCCCCCACGACGUCGGCCUCGGGGACUCCGAACCCUCCCGUGCCGGGGUCGGCCCCGCCUUCCACGCCCGCCGGCGCCGCCAAGCAGUCCGACGCCCCGACUCCCACCACCCCCAACGAGAAUGCCACCGCGUCGCCCACCACGGCUGCGCUUCCCAAAAGCAACUGGACGGAGCACAAAGCCCCGGACGGAAGGGUCUACUUCUACAACCACGUGACCAAGCAGUCGAGCUGGGAAAAGCCGGACGAGCUCAAGACUCACACCGAGCUUUUGUUGUCCCAGUGUCCGUGGAAAGAGUACAAGUCCGACGCGGGACGCACUUACUUCCAUAACGUUGUGACGAAGGAGUCCAGGUGGACUAUUCCAAAAGAGCUAGAGGAACUCAAAGCAACAAUCGCCACAAAGGGGGAUGUAAGAGAGGAAGGGGCAGCGGAGGUGACGGCGGACGCCAACAGUGUGGCCAACAUUCAGCUUCCGAGCAGCAUCCCGACCCCCGCGGGCCCCCCCAGCGACGCGCCCGUGGGCACCCCAAACCAGCCGGACGAGAACCUCGACGACAGGUCGAGUGAUGAGGAAGACAGCAAGGAUGCAGCAGUCGCCAAGCCGGUUGUCUUCAAGGACAAGAAGGAGGCUAUCGAAGCUUUCAAGGACCUCCUCAAAGAAAAGGAUGUGCCCAGCAACAUUAGUUGGGAACAAGCGCUCAAGCUGAUUGCCAAUGACCCUCGAUAUGGAACUCUCAGGAAGCUCAACGAAAAGAAGCAGGCGUUCAAUGCCUACAAGGUGCAGAGGGGAAAAGAGGAAAAGGAGGAACAGAGGCUGAGGGCCAAGAAGGCCAAAGAAGACCUGGAGCAGUUCCUGCAGAGCCACGAGAAGAUGACGUCCACAACGCGAUACAGGAAAGCAGAGCAGAUGUUCAGUGAUGUGGACACCUGGAAGGCGGUGCCGGAGAGGGAACGCAAGGAACUCUACGAAGAUGUCCUCUUCUUCUUGGCAAAGAAGGAGAAGGAGGAGUCCAAGGUGCUUCGCAAGCGCAACAUGCAGGUGCUGAGCGACAUCUUGGACUCUAUGACGAGCAUCCUGCACAGCACCACCUGGCAGGAGGCACAGCACUUGCUGCUGGACAACCCCACCUUCGCAGAGGACGCCGAGCUGCUCAACAUGGACAAGGAGGAUGCCCUGAUCAUCUUCGAGGACCACAUUCGUCAGCUGGAGCAGGAGGAGGAGGAGGAGAAGGAGAGGGCCAGGAGGAGGCAGAAGCGCCAGCAGAGGAAGAACAGGGAGGCCUUCGUGAUGCUGCUGACCGAGCUGCACGAAAAGGGCAAGCUCACGUCCAUGUCACUUUGGGUGGAGCUGUACCCGACGAUCAGGGCAGAUCCCCGGUUUACCAGCAUGCUGGGGCAGCCCGGUUCGACGCCCCUCGAUCUCUUCAAGUUCUUUGUGGAGGACCUCAAAGACAGGUUCCACGGUGAGAAAAAGAUCAUCAAGGAGAUCCUAAAGGUCAGCACACUUCACUUUGCCUUUAGCCUUCUUUUUUUUUGCGUCGGAGACAAGAUUGCGAAGUGGGUGCUCUUUUCCUUCCUUCCCCAGGAGAAGAAUUACAUGGUGGAAGUGAACACGCAGUACGACGACUUUGUCACGGUGAUCAGCGAGGACAAGAGGUCGGCAACGCUGGACGCCGGCAACGUGAAGCUCACCUACAACAGCCUUCUGGAGAAAGCGUCAGCGAGGGAGAAGGAACGGCUCAAGGAAGAAGCGAGGAAGCAACGAAGGUUGGAAACAUCCUUUCGGAACAUGUUGAAGAACGCCAUGCCCUCCAUCGACACAGAUUCUACGUGGGAUCAGGUGAGGAAGCAGUUUGAGAAGGAAUCCGCCUUUGUGAACCUCAGCCUGGAGUCUGAGAGGAUCCGCAUCUUCAAGGAGUACCAGCUAACCCUCGAGGAGGCAUGCAGUCAUCAUCACAGCCGUUCCAAAAAGCACAGCAAGAAAAGCAAAAAGGCCAAGAAGCGUUCGAGGUCCCGAUCCGAAAGCGACUCGGAUAGCUCGUCGAAGCACAAGAGCAGCAGCCGCAAGAAGAAAAGGUCCCGGUCAGAAUCUGAGGAGUCAGACUCCGACUCUGAUUACUCAAGCAAGCGACACAGUAAGAAAAAGGACCGCAAAAAGAAGAAGCAGUCACGAAGCAGCCCCUCCUCCGACUCGGAGUCCGAGAAGGAACACCGGAAGAAGAAGAAGGACAAGCGCAAGUCGCCCAGCCGGAGCAAGAGCCCGGCCCCCGCCCCGUCCCCCGGCCCGCCCCCAGUCCCCGCGCCACCCUCAGCUCCCCGUAGCCGCAGCAACACCCGCGAGGAAGGGGAGGUCGACCACAAGGAUGACCAGAAGUGGAACUCUGACAGCGACGUAAGCGAAGAGGAGUUGGAAAAACGUCGCCGACAGUUGCUCAAACAGUUGGCUCAGCACCACUGAAGUUUCACCUCGUCGUCUUCCUGGCAUUCCCUUCAUCACCAAUAAAAUUAACUGCUUCAUCUGGAAACUCGCA